AUGAGCACCGACAACGUCCCCAAGGCUGUGCUCUACUGGUUCGGCGGAUCCGUGUGGGCUUCGGUGCCUAGGUUGACGGCAGCAGAGAAGGGUUUCACGGAGAAUGAGCUCGAGACGAGGAUUGUCGACUUGGCCAAGGGCGAGAAUUUUGCUCCUGCCUUCUUGCGGAUCAACCCUAAGGGAACGGUCCCGGCGCUUGUCGUUCCGUACGCGCACACGGUCGAGGAAGGCAUCACGACCAAGUUCAAGGCGCUCAACUCGACGAUCGAGAUCUGCGACUUUCUCGACAGGUCGACUGUCCGUUCUGUGCAUCACUCGGCUCCUGUCCUCUCGCCCGCGACGGUCCAGCGCAGCGCCGUCUCGAAGGAGAUCAUCGAGAAUGUGCACCGCGACGACGUCAACCCGAACACGCUCCUUCUCCUGUGGCGGAGCGAGGACGAGCGCCAGGCCAAGCUCGGAGGGAUGGUUGGCGGGUUCUUGAAGGGACGGCAGGAGGCGCUCGAGCGGUACGCCAAGGAAGUCGGCAGCUCGGACGCCAAGCUGAAGGAGUUCUACGAGGGCAAGAUCAAGGAGAACGGCGGCCUGCUCGCCUUGCUCGAGGGCAAGGGCGACUCGUCCGACAUCCAGAAGAAGGCGCAGGAGCUGUGGACCAACGUCGGCAGGGUGUUUGACUUCCUCGAGAAUCGGUUUGAGCCCGCCGCGCCGUACCUCAUCGGCGACCAGAUCUCGUUGGCCGACCUCCACGCCGGCGCCUGGCUCGCUCGCGUCCUCGCCUGCGCCGGCGCGACCUCCCUCAACGACGUCGACUCGAACCUUUCUACGCUCGAGUCGAACUUGAAUGGCGUCAAGGUCGGACCGAAGACGGCGGCCUGGGCCAAGGCGCUGUUUGAGCGGGACAGCUUCAAGCAGGUGUACGGAGAGGGCCUGCACUAG